CUUCUGGCAAUUAUUUUGACAGAUUAAUAUGGUUUUAUUCUGACUCGAUUUGAUUGAUAUAGAAGGCUCACCAAGGGUGUGAGGAAGAGGACGUGGUGGAAGGGGGAGGGGAAAAGGAAGGGGUAGAGCUGAGUAUUCUCCCUUCUUGGGAACUGAAAAAGGGGUUGUUCUUCAGGAGGCCAGGGUUUUUAAAGACCCGCAACUAGAUGUUAGGAGAUGUUCACAGAGUUAUCCGUUUUGUACCAAGAGUGGUCUGAGGAACGCAGGCAGGAAUGGCUCCUGUCAGAGCUCAGUGGAAAGCGCCAUCUGUCCGGCCCUGAUCUUCCCAAAACAGAAGAGAUCACUGAUGUUCUGGAAACCUUCCAUGUCAUUGCAGAACUUCCCUCAGACAACUUUGGUGCCUACAUAAUCUCAAUGGCAAUAGCACCGUCUGAUAUGCUUGCUGUUGAGCUCUUGCAACGGGAAUGCCACGUGAAGCAACCGCUAAGGGUCGUAUCAUUGUUUGAAAAGCUUGGUGAUCUUGAGUCUGCUUCUGCUGCAGUGGCACAGUUUUUCUCUAUUGAUUGGUACAAAAACCGAAUCAACAGGAAGCAAGAAGUUAUGAUAGGAUACUCAGACUCAGGAAAAGAUGCGGGUCGUCUUUCUGCGGCUUAGGCGCUGUACGAGGCUCAAGAGGAGCUCAUAAAGGUUGCGAAGGAUGUCAGUGGAUAUGUAAACAUUGUAUAUAUAACCUAUUCUAUAAUG